AUGGGAUCUAUUGUUGAGAUUGUCUUCCUACCACAGAUUAUUGCAGUAUUGGCUUUCUGUAUAACACUCCUUACAUUCAUACAUUACCGAGUGACUUGCUCCGGCCACCGACUUCCCCUCCCAGUGCUCCCACCUGGUCCCUCUGGAAGAUUUGUCUUCGGUAAUUUUAUUCCUACGUCGUCUGCACAUCUCUACUUCGAAUCCUUGACGCAGCAAUAUGGACCAAUUUUUACCCUUCGUCAAGGGUUCAAUACAGUAAUCGUCAUUGGACGGCUUCGAGCAGCCGCCGAUAUUAUGGAAAAAGAGGGAUUGGCCACGGUCGACCGGCCACGCAGCAUUGCAGUGGGCGAUACACUCUCUGGGGGGAUGAGAUUGGUUAUGACACCUGUCGGCGAGCAAUUCCGCAAGUUCCGCAGAGCUAUUCAUUCGCAUCUUCGACCGCAAAUUCUUCCAGACUAUGCGGUCAUUAUAGCGCGCAAUGCAAAGCAACAUAUAAUUGACAUCAUAAAUGAUCCUUCAAACCACCAGGGUCAUGCUAAACGAUACGCUGCCUCUGUCGUGAUGGAAAUUGCAUAUGGAAAGCAGCCUAAACUAUAUACGGAUCCAGAGAUCCUUGCCAUCAACCAAUGCUCUAGGACAUUCGGUUUAAACCUGCGACCUGGAUUAUGGAUGGUUGAUGCGUAUCCUAUUUUAAGAUAUAUCCCGGGAUACCUGAAAGAGCUACAGGAUGCUCAUGUCAGCGAGCUGGCGUUGUUUAAACGACUGCUGUACGAAGUCCAAACAAAAAUGAAAUCAAAGGCAGACUUGCCCGCGUCGUUUAGUAGGUAUCUCCUCGAGCGACAGUCCGAGCUCGGGUUAUCCGACUCUGAGAUAGCGUACUUGGCCGGCAGCAUGUUUGGUGCGGGGUCAGAUACGACAGCGUCUGCUAUUAGCAUCAGCAUCAUUGCUGCUGCAUGCUAUCCUGAAGCACAGAGGCGUGUUCAGGAUGAGCUGGAUGCUGUGAUUGGACGAAAAAAAGCUCCGGCAUCAAAGGACCAGGAUAUGCUCCCCCAGACGAUGGCAUUUGUGUUGGAGACGUUCAGAUGGAGGCCUGUUGUUCCUGGAGGAAUCGCUCAUAGAACGACGAGGGAUAUUAUUUGGGAAAACUAUCUGAUUCCUAAGGGAGCCACAAUUAUAGGGAAUACAUGGUCUAUUGGGCGAGACCCAAACUUUUUUGAAGAUCCCGAAUCAUUCAAUCCUCAGAGGUGGCUGGCAGAGGACGGAAGGAUUAAGCAAGACUUGAAGUCAUACUCAUUUGGAUUUGGAAGGAGAGUAUGUCCAGGACAAUAUAUGGCUACGAGUUCGGUAUUUGUCAACACUGCGCUGCUGCAGUGGGCGUUCAAAAUAUCUCCUGACCCCGCUGCUCCAAUCGACAAAAUGGCAUUCACAGACGGGGUCACGACUCACCCUCUCCCUUUCAACGUCAACUUUAAACCGCGCAUCACGAGCUCCAUGGAUGCCAUUAAGGAGCUCCUUGGCACUUAUGAAAUAUGA